AUGGUGGUCAUUUUUAGCAAGCUUCGAAAAAAACCAACCGUUGCAGCGCCAGAAGUGGUUGCGCCAACGCCGUAUCGAGCGUGUUGCUCGCCAGAAAGUCACCGCCUUCGCCGAGAAGCAGAGCUUUCUCUCGAUUUUCCCGUUAGACGACCACGGCCUAUCUUGAUGCGAUCCACAACUACCAACUCCGCUGAUCCCACUACUACGACUCCGACGAUGAGCGAUUCCGCCAAAGAGACGCCAACUGGUGCUCGCGGCGGUGGUGGCAACAGAUUGGCCUCCUGCGAGCAAUUCACCACCAAAGCGACUUUCUUCUUUUUGGGCAGUUUUUUCGCCUUGUCUGUCUACUUGUUGGUCGCCAGCUUUCAGCAUGUGUGCAACUGGCCGACGGUCAAGACUGCCAAAGCGAAAGGCGAGGAGGGAAAUAUCGUGCGAAACCGACGCGAAGGCGUUGAAGAAACCAUUGCAAUGGUGGAUCUUGGCGCCGUCGCGGCCGAUUACGAAGGCAGCGUUGAGGGAAGUGGUGUCAAAGAAGAUGCAGCGGGGGCUUUGGCGGAGGGCUCCGGCGGCGACUCUGCUAGCUCUGGUCGGUGGCCUUCUGAAAACGAUGAGGACCCAAUGUGCUCAUAUUGUCGCGAUUAUUGCUACAAGAUCGAUCCGCGCAAAUCUACCGCUGCUUCAUCCUUGAACGGUGAUGGUGGUGAAGCCGCCCUCGCCGUCGCCGCCGCUGAAGAUGGCGGGCCUGUUGAUUUGAAACUUCCCAAGUUGGCCAUCACCGAAAACGAGAGCAAUCAAUUCCCCACAAUCAACAACGCCCCAGACAAACUCGAAGACAACUCGCUUCGCUCGGCCAGCUCUUCUUCCACUCUCGACUUCGAGUUUGUGGAUGGAAUCUUCAAUGAUUUCACAUCCGACGGAUCUGCUCUCAUUCUUGAGAAUAAUCUCGGCGGUAGCGGCGAUAAAUACGCGCGGCGGCGACAGCAAUGUCCCCCAAAAAACACAAAUUUCAUUUUGCUCUCUUUUAGAAUGGAUAAAGCAAUUUUCGACUUUAUCCUCAGUUCAUUCUUCAAGAAAUUCAAAAUAACGCUCUCACUACUGGCGGCGGAAGAUCAAUCGACGAAUGACAAUGACGGCCCGUGUUUUACUUUACGAUUGUUCGAAAACUAUGCAUAUGAGAUUGAUGACGUCAAUACGCGACUUGCCGUCAUGUGGAUCGAAGAUGACAAUCGUUUCAAAUCGUGGCGUGUUGAGAAUUGGGUUCAUUCUCAGCGAAUGAUUACUUUGUGUCCGAUCAGAAUCACUGGCAGACCAAAGUACUCGCCGCGAUAUGAUCUUGAAUGGGAGCUAGAGUUUCUUCGCGAUUUUUAA